AACAAUGGAAAACCUGAGACAAGUUGCUUGUUUAGCAAUAGAUAAUGGAUCGGAAGAACUGAACAGCAUUAGCCAAAUAUUGUGGAAAAGGCAAGAACUAGGAUUAAACGAAAUUCAUGCUCACACUGUCCUUACGAAUAUACUAGAACAGAAAGGGUUUACGGUACAAAGAAACUUUAUACUAGACACGGCUUUCAAAGCUGAAUUAGGAUCAGCAGAUAACGGACCGAACAUUGCAGUUAUUUGCGAAUAUGAUGCUCUUCCCGAGAUUGGUCACGCUUGUGGUCAUAAUUUGAUUGCAGAAUCUGGAAUUGCUGUAGCUAUUGGUGUGCAAGCAGCAUUCAAACGGUUAGGGACUCCAAUGGGAAAGAUUACUAUCUUGGGAACUCCAGAUGAAGAAGGAUAUGGCGGUAAAAUAGACUUGAUUGAAUCUGGUGCAUUCAAUAAGAUAGAUGUAGCCAUGAUGGUACAUCCGUUCCCAAAGACAAUUUCAAAUGUACAAAUGCUUGCUAUUGAUGGAGUCACUAUCAAAUAUAUAGGAAAAGCAGCUCACGCAGCAGCUUAUCCUUGGGAAGGAGUAAAUGCCCUUGAUGCUGCUGUAUUAUGCUACCAAAAUGUUUCCUGCUUGAGACAACAGUUGAAACAAACAUGGAGAGUACACGGGAUAAUAAAGAAUGGAGGAGUCAAGCCAAACAUCAUACCAGAUUUAUCAGAGCUAGAGUUCUACUUCAGGACACCAAGCAAAAAGGAAUUGGAUGAACUAAGAGACAAAAUGAAAGCAUGUUUUGAGGCAGCUGCUGUGGCGACAUGCUGUCAGGUUGAGUAUGAGUUCACAGGAAGACCUUGUCUGAAUGUUGUAACCAACAAGCGUUUAGAAGCUGCUUUUAGGGGAAAUGCUGAGUAUUUAGGGGUGAAGUUUGACUCAGCAGAAGGUCAGAUUGGAGGAUCUACUGAUAUGGGCAAUGUAUCCCAAGUUGUUCCAAGCAUUCACCCGUUUUAUGGAAUUGGAACAACUUCUGUUAAUCAUUCAAAAGACUUUGCUUUAGCAUCAGGUGACCCAAAUGCACAACCACCGACCCUUACUCAAGGAAAGGCGAUGGCGUUAACCUGUUUAGAGUUGUAUCAAAACAAAGACCUGUUAAAGGAAAUCAAAGAAGAAUUUGCAGUAUUUCAGACAUUGUCAGCAUGAAUGGGACAAAACUUACUAUACAUU